AUGGAUUCGGCACAGAACACAGUCCUGUCCUUCCUCGGCACCAGCCGUCCCAGCUGCAAAGUACACACACCCGACUCUCCACACUACGAAGACCUACGAAAGACAUACGUCAACUCGAGCGCCCGCCCCUUUGCCAUUGCGCGACCCCAAAAGGCCGAGGACGUCCAAUCGCUAGUUCGGGCUUGCCGCGAAAAUGGUGUCGACUUCAGUAUUCGAACGGGCGGACACAAUUGCGUGGGCCGGGCGCUGGUCGACAACGCUUUGACGAUCGAUAUGCGCGAAAUUGACUACGUCAAGGUCAGCGAGGAUAAGAAAACGGCCAGGGUAGGUGGCGGUGUGCUUCUGGGUGGAUUGCUGAAGGCCUUGGGGGAGCAUGGCCUGGUCACACCAUCAGGUUCAGUGGCCUCCGUCGGCUAUGUUGGAUGGAGCACACUUGGUGGUUACGGUCCUCUCUCGAGCCUUCACGGUCUCGGUGUUGAUCAGAUUGUGGGCGCCAAGAUUGUGAAUGACAAAGGCGAUAUUGUCGACGCCGAGGCAGACCUGCUCAAGGGCAUACGGGGAGCCGGUCCGAUAUUCGGCCCCAUCGUUGAACUCACGAUCAAAGUGUACCCGCUGGAUAAGAUCUUCGCUAUGGACUUCCCCGGCGCCGGUAAGGUUUUGUCUGCUAUUCCGACCUGGGCCUCGGAAGAUCACGAUGAGGGACGUAAAUGGAUCGAGAAAGUGGCCAGUCUGGGCACAUGUAUCAUGAACACGACGGAUGCAAAGACGCCUGCGACGUACGCAGAGGAUAACGAAAAGCUCGCGCCCUACGGCGUGUACGGACGUUCUUUCACGCUCAAUGUCAGGGAGUUCACGGAGGAAACCUCCAGGGUAUUGGCCGAGUACAGCGAGCAAGUUCCUAGCGGGAAUUGCAUGAUCUCCGUCCAUAGCCUCCGCCUGCCCAAAGAGAACGAGGACUCGGUGUUUGGGGCACGAGAGGUCCACCACAUGGUUGAAAUGGUGUCCAUGGGUGUUGACCCGGCUCUGGAAGCACAGGCAACCACAUGGGGCCAGGCGCUACAGAACGCACUGCGUGAGAGGGAUUCGGGCAACAUCCUCGACAGCGCAUAUAUCUCGCUUCUCGACUAUGACGAUGCUAACGUCGAAAAGAUUUACAACAAGCAUCUGGACACCCUGGUCGGCUUGAAGAAGAAAUAUGACCCGGAGAAUGUGUUUCACCAUGCAGCACCGAGAUUGCUAGUCCAGUAG